CACCAACGCUGCACUGCACAGUUCUCUCACGCUCUCUCCAUCUUCUCGUCUUCUCCUCUCGCUCUUCUUCCCCUCCUUUCCCUUCCUACCUCACCGCCGCCGUCACUCUCACAUUCAUUUGCGACGAGGAGUAAACAAAACACAAACAUCCAUCACGGUCGUCCUUCUUUUAUCGACUCACGUUCUUUACAAUCCGAAUCCGGGUGGUCCCCCAAUAAUUGGUUUCCCUUCUUUUCCCGCGACGCACAUAUUUGACGACAGCCCCCGUUUUACCCGUCGAUAAUACUGCCUGUACAAAUAAUUCACACGACUCGACGAUUCCCUCGAUCCCGCCGAUUACCCCCCCCUUCGAUCUCGCAUACCAGCUGUGCGAUAUUUAACAUAAUCUUCAAAUCCUGAAUUCUCCUUUCCAACGAUAACGAGAGAGAGUUCAAUAUGGUCAGUCACGAUCAUCUUCAUCGUCGCCAUGCGCGAGCUGCCGACCCCUUCGCCGCCGCAUGGGCAGAAGCUGAGGCGAUUGCGAACGCAUUGGCAAACCCCAAUCCAGCGCAAUCGACGGUCGUUUCUGUCGUUUACGUGACCGCUUCUCCGACUUUCACUGGUGCGAUUGGAGGCUACACGACUCUGGGAGUUGCCAUUGAUACCGAUACCGAUACCGAUACCACAACUUCGACCACUCCGGCCACGACUGCGGCUGGAAAGACCUCGAGUACAGGCCUCCUUGCCGAUACCUCGUCGACUAAGGCGACCACCAAAUCCCAGACCACAUUGGCGACCUCGAUCUCGACCUUGCCCAGCUCAAUCGCUUCUCCUUCGACGUCAGCCGCCAGCUCGAUCGGUAUCCUGGCCGCUACGAGUGCACUGUCAUCAACCACAACAUCGCAAGCCACAGCUACUCAUGCAUUGGCUGCGAGUUCGACCGCUACUUCGGAAACUGCAACAUCGAGUGGUAUGAGCACGGCUGGAAAGGCUGGAUUGGCGAUUGGUAUCCUGCUCUUGGUUGGUGCAGUCCUUGCGAUGGUCUUGUUCUGCUUCAAGCGUAGAAGAGAGGCAGCUGCUCAGAAGAUUCCCGACGAGAAGCAUGAUUUGGUUGAAGUUACACCCCAGGCCUCGCAGUUCAACCGUCAUAACAGCACAGCCACGAACGCGACUACACGUACUCAGGCCACCGCUCCACGUCUUUCUCUUCGACCUGUUACUCAAUUCCUCCCCAACCUCGCCGAGAAGCGUGUCAGCAAAGGAAAUGCUCUGAACAUGGGCAAUGAUGGAUGGCAAAAGCCCAAGGAUAAUGAUGCGAACAAGGAUAAUCCAUUCGGUAAUCAUGCUGAGACGAUCGAUACGACCAAUGCGAAUGGCCCGGGACUUGUUCGAGGUGUUUCUCCAGCUGGAGACGUGGUUUUGGCGGAUCCUCUUGCAUCAGCAGCUCCAGUCGGUCUCAAGCGUGGUGCUUCGAAGCGUGAUCUCGGAGACAAGGCUCUUGAUUUCACCAGAUCUGGUCCCUUCCUAGGUCCUCCCAGCCCUGCCGGAACCGAGUUCAGCAUGUCAUCUGAUGCAGGAACCCCAGUCCAGACUGCUACCAGUGUCGCCAUUGCAGCUGCUGGAGGCCCGGCCAACAGUGCUGUUCACCGUGUUCAGCUUGACUUCGUACCAUCCAUGGGUGAUGAGCUUGAGUUGAAGGCUGGUCAGUUGGUUCGCGUCUUGCACGAGUUUGAUGAUGGAUGGGCAAUGUGCAUUCGUCUCGAUCGCUCUCAACAAGGUGUCUGCCCUCGUACAUGUCUCUCAGCCCGACCAGUCAAGCCUCGCCCACAAAAUGCACCAGGUGCUCGUGGCCCCGCUCCUGGACCCCGCAAUCCAGGACCCCAAGGUCGUCCUAUGCCACCAAACGGUCAAGGUCGCCCAAUGACACCUAAUAGCCAAGCUCCACGACCAAUGACUCCCAACGGUCAAGCACCAAGACCCAUGACUCCUAACGGCAACUCAAUGACCCCUCAAGGCCUACAACCUCGCCCAAUGACCCCAACCGGACCAUUGCCAGGCACACCCAACCAACGUCCCCGCAGCAACUCCGCUGCUUCAGCACAAGCCAAGCGCAACUCUCCCCCAGGCCCCAGCCCAAUGAAGCCAAUUCCCCAAUUCGACGGCCCAGCUUCUCCGCCAACCGACUCGCCCAUCAGCCGGAAACCAGUUCCCGGUCAAGCUCUGUGAAAACCAUCUCUUGCGUUAUAUUCCACGGUGGCGUAAGACUUGGGCUUUUAUUCUAGAGUUGGGUUAAUGGCGUAAUACGGGACGGGCGGCUGGAUUGAUAUGUGAUAUGACGCAUGUACAUUUCCUUGUAUUUUUCUUUUCUUUUCGUUUUCAAAGGGGUUUCUUUUCUUGCACAUAAGAUGGAUGGAUGGAAGUGGAUGAGAUACAUAUGCGGAGCUAGAGACGUAAUUUGUAUCUAUUGUGAUUCCCCCUGGAUAUUUCCUUUCCUUUUCUUUGAGAGAGCUUCGAGAUGAGAUGAGAUGGCUGAGGGUGAGGGUGAGAAAGCUAGCUAGCUGGCUGGGCUUGGCGUGUGAGGUGUAGUGUAGAUAGAUAGAUGGGCAAAUUGAAUGCAAGUUCGUUGCAGAGA